ACAUCUAAUGAUAAUAAAUGUAGUUUCCAUAAUUAAGAAACGAAGAUUUAGAAGAAGCCCCGACAUAGCAGGAAGUAAUCUAGUUCUUGUAUAUGAAAUAGAAGAAGAAGGGCGUUGAACGUCGAAAAUCCUGGAGGCAAACUCACAAACCCACACAUUUCUCAUUCUCAUCAUCCAACCACCGGAAGUCUUUGAUAUAAUGGAACAAUUCUCUUGGCUAUUUAGAUUAUCUUCAGAGCAGCGUUUUUCAUCUCAUUCUGUGGGACAAUGGCUGCUUCAUUUCAUCUCUUCUUUAUUAUUUUCCUCUCCGGUUUUGCUGCUUUCCCAAUUUUCUCUUUCGUUUACGCUAAUGCCAAUACCACUCAACAUUCUUGGACUCCCAUCAACCACCAUCUCUAUCAUUCCGGUGAAGGUUUGAUUGAAAAGAUUAAGUCUUUGGUCCAUCGACACCCUGACAAACUCACUGUAGAAACCAUUCAAGCUGGGACCAAAGACUACAAGGCAGAUAUCACAGUUGUUACUUAUUCCCAGAAUUGGGAACAGAGUGGUGACAAGUCCAAGCUCCGGAUCCUUCUUAGUUUUGGCCAGCACGCACGGGAGCUUAUUUCGUCGGAACUUGCUUUACGGAUCUUAUCGGCCUUAGGCGAAGAACAGUUUCCACCCGAAAUGGACCCUGCUUCCUUGCAUGAUACCCUCGAGAAUGUAGUUAUAAAGAUAGUGCCAAUGGAGAAUUUGAAUGGCCGCAAGAUUGUUGAUGCAGGAGAACUUUGUGAAAGGAGAAAUGGGAGAGGAGUUGAUCUCAACCGGAAUUGGGCUGUAAAUUGGGGAAAGAAGGAAAAGGACUAUGAUCCAGCUGAAGAGUAUCCUGGAACUGCUCCUUUUAGCGAGCCUGAAACCCAAAUCAUGCGGGAAAUUGCCGUAUCCUUUAAUCCUCACAUAUGGGUCAACGUGCACUCUGGGACCAAUGGACUGUUUAUGCCAUAUGACCACAAAAAAAGCACCCCUGAUGGGUUGCCAUCACAACGAAUGAGAGAGUUGCUUGAUGAACUUAAUGUUCUUUAUUGCAGCAAGCGUUGCUUGGUCGGUUCAGGUGGAACUGCGGUCGGGUAUCUGGCACAUGGGACAGCAACAGAUUACAUGUAUGAUGUUGUGAGAGUGCCCAUGGCAUUCACCUUUGAGAUCUAUGGAGAUGAUAAAGCCUCAGGUGCAGACUGCUUUAAAAUGUUCAAUCCAAUAGACCAGACCACCUUCAAGAGAGUUAUGGACCAGUGGUGUGCUUCUUUUUUCACACUUUUUAAACUGGGACCUGUGUGCUUGAUGUAAAUUCCACUAAUAAGAAGAAAUAGGUUUUGAUCAACUCAAUGAUUGGAAGGACAUUUGUGGUCUGCUCAAGCUGAUUCUUUUGCAAUGACUAAAGGACUCAUGGAUGUUGUGUUUCAACAGUAAGAUUUUUUCUUUUGUGAAUUUCUUUCAUUAUUUUUUAUGUCAAAUCGUUAAGAAAAAUGAUGUAAUUAGGUGAAAAUUCUUUAAGCGGAAUUUCAAAUUCCAUGAUUUUUAGCUUUUUAUUAAAUGUUUUCUAAUUAUGUAAAACUUAAUAAGAUUUGUUUUAUCAUGCUCGCAUAUAAUGGAAUAUUUCUUGUUUGAUUCAA